UGAAGGGAAAGUCCAGCUCAUUUCAACCUGAGAGAGACUCGCUGAGAGCAGCUGUUCAUCCGCAGCUCGUCUUCAUCAUCCUCGCCUUCACCUUUCAUCUUCAUCUCCAUCCUCCUCCUCAGCUGUCCUCCUAUGGCUGCCUCCUCCAAGUCCUCCCAGAAGGCGAAGAACGUGGUGCUCGCCCUGCUGGCGCUCUGGUCCAUCAUUUCGCUCGUCGUCAUCGUGGUGUGGGCGACGUCCCCGGACCUGAAGAGCUCGGCCCAGUGCCGCGCCGAGCUGCAGGACGUGACGGAGAAGCUGGAGGGGGCCAAGGUGGUGUGGAACAAGAACAAGGUGGCUCUGGAGGAGCUGGUGGAGGCGGCGAGGGAGGAGCAGGCUCGCCAGAGAGCUGAGAUCCUGCUGCUGCUGGGACGCCUGAACACCACCAACGCCACGCUGGAGGAGUGCCGCCAGGAGAACGUCGUCCUGAACGGGAACAUCAGCGUCCUGCAGGAGACCAUCGAGCAGCUGCGUCAGACGGAGCUGAACCUCACCGCCCGGCUCGGCCUGCAGGAAGAGCACAUCGAGGCCCUGCAGCAGAACGUGACCCAGAACGUCCAUCAGACCACGUCCUGCUACAGCCUGAAGGCUGCUGCUGAGAGUCAGAUGCUGGCCGCUCAGAGUCAAACCAAAGCCUGCGAGUCCGGACAGCAGUACCUGCAGAAACAGCUUCUGAAGUGUAAAGACGUGGACUCUGAAGCUCGUCAGCAGACGCAGCAGCCGGACAUCUCCUCCAGACGCUCCCCAACCGGCGCUGCUUCGGCCCUCGCUGGCGUUCCGGCGCUGACGCUGCUCGUCUGCGGCGCUCUGCAUCUGAUGACCUGAGUUGGGGGAGGCGUCCGCCUGUCAAACCAAGGCGAGCCCUGUGGUCCAGGCUGGGGGCGGAGCCUGGACAGACUAAACGACUGCUGUACAAAACAGAUCGCCAUGGAGACGCUGACGUGUCACGCUGUCAUAUGAUGAAUGAUUGGACACAAACUUUGCUUUAACUUGAACAGCUGAGACGUUUACUGACCGGUUUAAACUGCUGCUUCGCUGCUGUUUUCCUUCUCGAAGCUUCGCACAGAUCGACGUCCUGCCUGAAGCUCAACUGUUGCUUUUUACUUUAAGCUGCUGCUUCGUCACGUUUCAGCCUGUUAAAUAUUCAAUAGUCUUCAUUUCAUUUGUCUUCAUGACAACCAACUGACAGAGACUCAAACUUGAUGCAGAGUAAAUUCAUCAAUGUCCCUGUUUGACAAACGCUCUGUGCUGCUGCAUUCAGGGACGUUGGAGAUUGUAGAAUCAGCUGCUGAGCAGAGGAACAAAUUCAGCUCUAAACCCAAAUAUUCUUUCUACAAAGUGUGUGUUUACUUUAGAGCAGCGACUAAAGAUUAUUAUUAUUAUUAUUAUCCAGUAAUCUGCAGCUUGUAUUCUUGCUUGUCUGAUGAAUUGUUCUGUCUAUAAAAGUCAGUGAAACAGAGAAAAUCCUCCUCAAGGCCUGAAGUGACGUCUUCAGGUGUGCUGUUCGGCACACUGUCCCGAUAAUCAUGAAAAUCUGAACUGAAACACGCUGAAAUCAGCCUCAACUUUUCUUUAGAAACAAACAUCUUUUUGGAUCACAGAUACGACGCACGUCUUGUUUCAGUGAAUAACAGUGAGCCUGUUGGGCGAGCAGAGCUGGAGGGGGGUCACAGAGGGGUCACACUGGAGGUGUUGGUCGGCGGGACAGACGCCUUCCUCACCUCCUGUUGGUCUUUACUUUCAAAUCCACUGUGUUUCUGUUAUUUAGCUGCUGCUGAGCAUUCGGCCACGGUGAGACUGAUGGAAUGACUGGAAAGAUGCUGCCCCCCCUUCUGACAGAGGGACUGUAGGUUAAUGAGCUUUUUCAAGCUACUUGUGAGGAUAUUCAUGAUCAUCCCGAUAAUUCAAAUUCACGAUCAACUUCUCCUGAGUGUUUUUUAUCGUGAUAAAAUCGGCCGACCCUGCGACCAUCAGUGAAACCCAGAGGUUCAGUUUUCUGUCAUGACGAAGAAAAGCAGCAAAUAUUUUGUAUUUUUGCAAAACGAAUGAGAAACGAUUAUUUGAGCCGUUGCAGAACUUCAGAACUUAUUUUUCAUCUUGAUUUUCUGGGUUUGACCUACUCACAGGAGUGCAUGAACGUUGCAUUCACUGACUCUGUACUGUUACUUGCAUAAAUCGUCUGAAAGUCAAGCACAGUUCUGUCAGCUGUCAGGUCGUCAUGGUUACUGUGAAGGCUUGUUCAUCGUCGGUGGAUCACGUUAACUUUGGUGAAUUCACCCUGCUGACCAAUAACAAGCCGUCCUGACAGAGCUGACCUCUGAGUGGAUGGAGCGGGGGAAGCUAAUGCAGCUCAUUAGCUGUGUGUCCCAAAGUGCUCACAGCGCACACCUGGUUCACUGGAGACACGAGGAUGCUAACGAGGUGUCGUCACUCGUCGUCGGGUCGAUGUACGAGCAGCUUUUAUAUUACUGCACGCUCUCUCUGCACAGAAUCUUUUCAGUUUUAAUAUUAGAAAUUCAUAGUUGCUGCAUGUUGCUCUGCACACCGACCCCUGCUCUCAGCCGACUUCACCUCUAACAGGAUGUGAACUGUGAUGGACUCGCUCUGCAGGAAGUGAUUGAUUAAAACCAAUCAAAUCAAUCCGAGAACUCAAUCUGAAACUGACCCGGAGCAGGGACCACCCAACACCUAAACCUGGUCUGAAUCUGGAUAAUGUGUUAGUGUGAGGUGUGAGGACAGCAGGUCAUCCCAGCAUGCACUGGGCUCAGCAGCGCCCUCUGGAGUCCAUGUGGAGAUGAACAAAGACCUGAACCAACAGCUGAUAUUUCUUGGUUUUCUUCACACAUUUUUCAUUAUCAGUAUCAGCAGAUGCUGAUCAGUCAUCAAUAAAUUAAUCUUAACUUUCUGUUGAACAGACAGAUAACAAAGAGGCGACAAAACAAUGACCAGCUGAUCCAGAGUCAGGUGUGAACAGGCUCAAAGUGUGUUUCUUCCUGUUCAUGAUGUUUAGAAAACGGCAAACUCAAGUUUGAAGCUGCAGCUGACGAACAAUUCCACUUUUAGAAGCUUUUAUCUAAUUUGGAGGGUGAGGAGG